AUGAGAAGUGCAAGUCGAUGGAUAAGAUUUACCAGAUAUUGUUUCUAUAUGAUCCCCAGCAAGUGCGUUCUUGUGUUUGGACUCCCAAGACAAUAUCAGAAACACGCGGUCCCCAAAGGAUCUGCAUCAACCUCAGUUCUGCUCAUUCUCUCAUCACCAUUGUCGUCGGCUUCUUCGUCGGCUUCUUCUUCUGCAGUUACAGUGUCCAUUGAUGGCCGAGGAGAUUACACCACAAUCGGCCAAGCCAUUGCAGAAGCUCCUUCCAACAGCGACGCAAAAUACACCAUCCUCGUUCGACCUGGAAUCUACGAGGAGCGUCUCCACAUUCCCCGCGACAAAACCAACAUACUUCUCAUCGGCAACGGUCGCCAUGAUACUGUCAUUCUCGGACACCACAAUGGUGGCAUGCUGUCUCAAACAGCCACAGUAGCAAUUCAAAGAGCAGGCUUCGUGGGCCAGGGAAUAGCCUUUGUCAACUCAGCUGGGCCGAAAGCGGGCCCAUGCCUAGCUCUCCUGAACACGGCGGACAGGUCCGUGUUGCACAACUGCUCCAUCGAGGGCUUCCAGGACACCUUGUGGGCCUCAUCAGGCCGUCAAUUUUACCGGGAAUGCGACAUCUACGGCUCCGUCGACUUCGUCAUGGGAAACACCGCCGCCGUCUUCCAGAACUGCGUGCUCUACACCCGCCUCGCCGGCUUCUCCGUCUUCACUGCGCAGUCUCGUGACGACCCCCUGGAACGCACCGGUUUCGUUUUCCAGUACUGUCGUUUCACGGCGUCUACAGAGGACUCCGGGAAGCAGUUAUCCGGUGCGGGCAGGGCAAUUUUAGGACGGCCGUGGAGGGCGUAUUCGAGGGUGGUGAUCAUGCGGGCGUACAUAGAUGAUAUAGUGAGUCCGAUGGGGUGGGGAGAGAUGGAGGGGACGCCCACCGAUAAGGCGAGUUACAUAGAGUUCGAGAAUGAAGGGUCUCGAUCGAGCACACGUGGCAGAGUGAGGUGGGUUGGUGUGGUGGAGGUGCCGGAUGCGGAUCAGGUGAGGGAAUUCACUGUGUCCAGGUUCAUAAAAGGUGACGCUUGGAUUCCUCAAACUGGGGUUCCAUACAUUGGAGGAUUAUAA